ACUGGUAAGUUUCCAGAAAAAUAUGCAAUCCACAUUACAGAGUCAGAGAGCAUAUGCAACUAGCAAGCGACACUUACCGCCCAACUCCACCGCACGGUUCCCAUUCAAUCCGCUGACUCAUUCGGAAGCGAGCUGCGGUUGUUGAUUCUCCGACACAGCCGCUCGCCACAACAAAAGUUGCGUGUGGGAAAUUAGCGCAGGCGCGGCAGCAACGCUCGAUCUUUUGUCGUUGCAGUGUCGGCCAAUCACAGAACAAUAUUAUAAUCAUGCGGCAGCAACUUGGCAGUCAGGUGAUGACAUUUUAUUGUAAGCAAUAUGGCGGCGAAUCAGCAAUCCCACGAAGACAGUCUCGGUUGGACAAGGCAGAAAUUGGUGGAAUUGGUUGAAGCAUACCAGCUUAGGCCAUGUAUUUAUGACAACACAAGUCCUGGCUACCACAACAGAGAAGAAAGGGCAAGAUCAUGGAUUGAAAUAGCAGAUCUAAUGGGCAAGGGAGAGGAUGAGAUUCGAGCAAAGAUGAAAAGCAUCCGUACCCAGUAUGCCCGUAUCAUCCAGAAGGGACAGCAUCCCAAGUGUAAAACUGGUCUCACUGUCUCAUCAUGGUGGUUACUUCCAAAUCUGAAUUUUCUAGACGAUUUCAUUAUUCCCAGGAAGGCAGACUCAGAGUCAAUCAAGGAGAAUGAUAUUGCAGAGCUGUCUCAACUGAGCCAAGUGGGUGUUGGACAUUCAUACAAGAAUGAUCACAGUUCAAUGGAGAAUGGUGACGUUGCUGACAUGGUUUAUGAUAGCAUGAUCACUGAGUCUGACCUUGCACAAACUCAAAACAACUCACUAGACAACCCAGGACCAUCUAACCAGCUGGAUGACCAUGCUCCUAUGCAAGAGUCCUCGCCUUACCAGUCGCCGUUCACCCGACGUAUAUCACCCAUACCAAUAUCGCGUCCCGCCCUUACCCAUUAUCGCUACUCUAAAUUGAAAGUGCGUACCGGUAAACCUUUAAAAAAAUUGAAGAGAGAUCGCAGGGACGUUGCCUCUCCGCCCAGUGCUCCCUCUAACCCUGCUAGACUCCCUGAAGUUGCUGCGGGCAAUGACAACUUAUUGCUUAAAACCAUCCUUGCAUGUGCAGAGAAAACCACUCGAGAUGAUGAUGAAGAUGCUAUCUUUGGGCGCUAUGUUGGUAAUGAGAUGAGAAGUGUUACCGAUUUACAGGCCAAGAGAAUUGCCAAGAUGAGAAUCCAGAAAGUUCUUUUUGAGGCCCAGACUGGUUGGACUGAGACCUCUAAUGAAGGGGUUUAUCAUGCGCCUCAAGCUCAAGAUGGGUCAAAUAACCAAGAUAAUUUUCCUGUGGGUGUUGUUUGUAGUACAAAUAAUAGUAGAGUUAUUUGAGUAAAUAUAAAUUUCAAUUUGUAGAAUUCAAGUACCAUCCGUUUUUGUUUUAAUGUAUUUACAUAUACAUGUACAUGCACCAUAGAAUAUUUACAAAGAGUUUUAGUUGUUUAUUUCAUUUAACGUUUCUAUAUAGACGUAUGACCUUUCCUGAAAAGAUCAAAAGUCUGAUUUUUGUCAUAUCAAAGCAUACAGUGUACAUGUAUUUCAUUACACAUUCAGGUUACAUUUUGAAACAAGUAAUAUUUACAGUGUUUUGCUUAUCUAGGUUCAUGUACAUGUACGUUAUGUAAGGAAUAUAAAAAAGGGUUAAAGUCAUUUGAAGAUUAUUGCUCUUCCAUAACUGCUUGUUUACAUGUAUAAUUGUCUUGGUGAUUGUUCACUUUUUAUACACUUCAUGAUUUACAUGUACAUGUACAGUCCACAUUAAUGUUUUUGUCAUUGAAAUUGUCAGCAAAUAGGAAUGGUUUGACACAGCAUUUCUGUCCCACCCCCCAAAGCGAAUAAAUUGCUAAUUACAUGUAUUUUGUUUUCAAUACCAGUCCAGUAUAGUCCUUGAUUUACACUGAUACUUUUUUUUGACCUAUACCUUCAACCAUCAUGCUGUUGAAUUUGUUCUAGGAUGUGAACUUAAAGUGGAACAGUGAAUUAAGUUUUUAAAAAGUCAAGAUCCCUUCAUUCGAAGUUAGGUAGCCAUUUUUUUUUUAUCCUCUCGUCAAACCAUCAACUCAGAGAUUCAGUACUAUAGGUAGUGACCUGUGACAGGCAUGUCUUUCUUUACUUUGAGUGUUUUCAUUGCAGUCAAUAAAUUCAAGUCAACCAACCUCGGUCCAAUAUUCAUGCCUACAUGUAAUCAAUUUAUCUACCAAGGUGCAUAGAUGUCCACAACACCAGCAUUGUGUACAUGUACAUUAUGCUCUUGCUAAACACCUGUAUGUAGGUUUUCAAUGCAUUCAUGCUUGGACAGUAAUUUCCUAAGCUGUCAUGUGGCCAUUUGUGGCAAGUAAAACUGAGAAUGCACACUAUUCAUGGUGACUGACAUAUUAUGUCACAAUACCAAUUAUAAGUAAUAAUUCUUGUUAUUGUAUUGUAAGGCAUUACAUUUACACACGAUCUGCAAGUAAGCUCAAUCAUGAAAAAAAUAAUGAUGCAAUUCAGACAUGAUUGCCAGUUAUAGGCAUAGCGACAGUCAAUCAAAUAGUGAUAUCACUGUUAGAAAUCCAUCAUGAUCCUGAGAGAUGAUAACUUCAGAAAUGGAGAAUGGAUUAUAAGCAUGGGUUCUCAGCAAGUUAACUACAGGUAGUAAAGUCAUCUUGUACUGUCAUGUUAUCAAGUAAAGCCUACAGAUAAGUCUCAGUAUCAGUAACGAAUGUCAAAUAUCAAUAAUAAAGUAACGACAAUUAUACCUAUAAUUCUAUUGGUGUAGUGUCAGGAUGAAGUGUGAUUUACCUACACAUAUUUCAUCUGUCAGUGAGUAGAGUACACGUCUUUGAUGUUAAUCUGUUUAAUGAAUUACAGUAUGAUUUGAGAACAUUCCAUUAGUGCUGGUUAUUUAUGUACCGUACCUCAAAUUACAUCCUUUUGACCCUUUGUUUUCCAUUCUCAUGUACCCCACCUAUAUAUCCCUACAUUUUGUGGUUCUCCACAUACACAUGCAGUAGGCCUGCAGUACAGAUAUACAGCAAGAACUGUAUACUCAAGGUUCAGGUACUGUAAAUAAACCUGUUCUCAUUUACUUUCUUAAAUCAGUUUAGGAAAACCAGUUUAGAAGAUGGCUUUGCUAGAGAGGCGUUCUCAUUACCAUCUCCUGAACUGGUUUCCAGAUCAACUUUUGGAGUGGUCUUGUUGGUAUGGGAAUACUCUCUGUCACUUGUUUUGCAUGAAAUUUUAAACGGCAGCACAGGCAUUUGACACACAGUGUGUACAGGUAUUGCACCCGUCGUGCACACGCUUGAGAUCAUACUUUCAUGUGAAGAUCACUUACUGGAGAAUGGUUGUGUCCUCAACUAUGCUUAAAGCACUUUAACAAUGCAAAGUGGUAUUGAAAAUCACAUCACAAGCCGCAAGGUGGUUUUACAAAAUAGUUUGGAAGACCUCUUAAGAUCGUGAAUACAAGACUGCUUUGAGAGUUCCCAUUACAUGUUAAAGUGGUUUCUUCUAAUUCAAAAUCCGUUUAAGAAAGUACUAUGAGAAUGGGGUCUCGGUUAGAACAUUGAAAUUAAAAAAAAAGGAAAACCUAAAAACACCUGGUGAGCAUUUCAUGAAACAGCAAAAUUGUCAUUGGAAUUCACUGUUCAUGUAAUUGUAUCAGGAAAUGCUGCCUUGUAUAAAAUGUUGUCCAUAUACAUGUACAUCCUGUGAUCUGUUACAUGUACUUUUUUAUUACUCCGAAACACUAUCUUGAAAAGCCACCCAAACUCUAAUCCUCAUUCAAUUUGACACCACUUCCUUUCCCAUUGAAUCCUGGAUAAAGAGCCUGCUUCCUAAUCAUCAUUUGUUUUUAAUGAGGAAUACAUAUAUCCCUAAAUAAUAUAUGAUAUCUCUUAAGGUGUGUUGAUGAAUAAUUGAAUGUACUGGAAUGUAUUAUAGUUCAUCAUUAUUUUAUAUUCAACGAUUGAUUUAUGUUGCCUUAAUGUAAUUUAAAAAAGUCAUUAAAAACAAGAAGUUGUUCUUUUCAAAGAA